AUGGAACGAAAGACUUCACCAACUUCCAAGACUUUAACUCUUUACGUCAUAUUUAACGCUCUCUUGCUUAUUACAGGUCUCUGCACAAUGGCUACAGGAAUCUAUUUGUGUGUAAUAGCAUCAGAAUAUUCAUGAUAUGAUACAAGCUUUUCAGGUCUUGGGUUAGUUAUGGCAAUUACCUCUAUUAUCGGCUAUCGAGCUCGAUUUCUUUCUGAAGCAAUAAGUUGCUAUUUAUCUGCAAUCUUGGUUUUACUAGUAAUUCAAUCUUCGUUUACCUUGGGCAUUUUACUCUACUCAGGAUUUGCUGGAGAAAUUGGAAAGCAAAACUCAAUGAUUUUAGCUUAUGCACUUAUAUGCUCUUGUCUAGUCAUUAUUGGAUGUCUUACCAUUGGGCUUAUUUACAGGAAAAAUCUCUUGAAAACAGAGCCAAUCGUCCACACGAUUUCUUUGCACAGUCCUAUAUUGACAGCAAAUAAAAAUGAUAUAAAAGGGUAUCAAACAUAUGGUGGAACGAAAUAUUUUUAA